AUGAGAGAGAGUAGCCAUAGACCUCUCAUAUUUGGAACCCCUUUCCUGUCUACUGUGGGUGCCAUAUUUGAUUUCCCCAAUCAAAGAAUCUCUUUCAACAAGGUGAACAAGGGUAUGUUCUUCCCUAUGUGUUCAACAAAGAACUCUUUUGUUGACAUGGUCCAAGAGGAGAAAGUUACUUUGAAGCCACCCCAAGAAGGAGAAACUGAAGAUAAGUCAAGGAAGAUCCCAUUCCUAAGCCCAAGCAGCUUGCCAACAAGCAAGGACUGUGAAUCACCCACCAGAUACUCAUUGCAAGGAGAAAAGACUUGGAGGAUCAAAGAUGCCUCUAGUCUCCAUCUUCUCCUGAGCGCCAAGCCUUACAGUCAAGCUAAAGACUUAAAACAAGCGCUGCAUGGGAGGCAACCCAUGAGGAUAGAAGGAGAAAAAGGUGUGAAAACACAAUCCGCGCCAAACAUUGGCCGCGGACGCGCAAAAAAUGUUUUGGCCGAGCAAUUUCCAACCGGGCCGACCGUGCCGGUCGAGCCGGGAAGGAACAGCUUAUGCUCGGCCGGAUUGACUCUAUCGCGCGACAGAAACCGUCCGCGCAGCACGCACGGACAGAGAAGGAACGGCCGCGCUCGGCCGGAUUUUUGUAUCGGAACGGACCGACCGUUAUGGUCGAUCCGGGAAACAAACGAUCGGCCUCGGCCGAAAUUCUCGUCCACACGAGAUUUGGCCGACCAAAUCGCACGACCGCGGCGAAAUCUCUCGGCCAAGGUAAGUCCCCUUUUCAUUAAUUCAAACCGGUUUUAA